AUGAAACGUGGAAUAAGAGACAUUCGGAGCUUUUUUAAGUCGAAACAAAAUGACCAAAAAGAUAUUGAUUUAUCUGAGACAAACAAUGUACCAGCUACAACUUCAGAAUCGCCUACUUCAACAACUCUUAUGUGUGACAAAACUGAAAAAUUCGUACAAGACAAAAAUCUUUUGGUGGAAAUGGAUUUGCAAUCGACGUCUUCAACAAGAACCAUGGAAGUCAACAUUCCCAAUACUUUGGGCAGCCUGGAUAAUGGACCACAUCAACCAAGACUAGAAAAAUUUCCUCAGACAAAAUUUGAUAAAUUAACAUCUUUUUCGGUUACAUUCUACAGUAAAUAUUUUUGGUUAGAAUACAGUGAGGAACAGGAUAAGGUUUUUUGUUUUGUCUGCAGAAUAUUUGGUAGCAGAUGUAAUAUCCGUGAACAAAACGAAACGUUUUGUAAAACAGGUUUUUGUAAAUGGAAAAAGCUUUCCGAAUCGUUAAAUAAACAUGAAAAAUCAGUUUACCAUUCUGACUGUGCGAAAAUGUACAUAGAAUACAAGAAAACGAAAUCCGAUUCACACCCGGGGAACGAUGCUGAGCAAUUAAUAUCAUUUCAUGAGUUGCAACUUUCGAAAAAUCGUGAAUACAUGAAGAAGUUAAUUGAUAUAAUUUUAGUUUUGCUACGACAAGGGCUACCUUUAAGGGGUCAUCGGGAGGAUGUUUUCUCAAAAAAUAGAGGAAACUUAUUAGAAGUAGCAGAAUUGUUUUCUGUUUAUGAUACAACAUUUUUAAGUUAUUUUAGUAAAAACAUAAGUUAUUGUAGUCCUAAGGUGCAGAACGAAAUAAUUGAAAUUAUAGCCCAGCUUUCUCUACAGAAAAUUGUUUCGGAAAUCAAAAGUUGUGGAUUUUUUACUUUGAUGGCUGAUGAAACCAGAUCUUUUAAAGAGGAGCAGCUAUCGAUCGUUGUUCGAUUUUCGAAAGAUUUGGAAGUAGAGAAAAGAUUUCUCAGCUUUAUUAACUGUUCCAAUUCUAGAGACGCGCAAAGUUUAGCUAACAUUAUUUUUGACUUUCUGGAAAAAUCAAGCUUAGGGGAUAUCCCUAUAGUGGGCCAGUCAUAUGACGGGGCAAGCGUCAUGUCUGGAAAACAUAAAGGAUUACAAGCUUUAAUAAAAGAAAAACAUCCAUCAGUAAUAUAUACUCACUGUUUAGCGCACAAACUAAAUUUAGUUGUAGUUGACGCUUGUACAAAAGUCUCAUUAGGUGCUUCCUUCUUUAACACUUUGGAAGCAUUAUACGUUCACUUUUCUCAGCCAGGAAAUCACGAAAAUCUUAAAAAGGUUGCAAAUAACUUAGGUAUUAAUCUUUUGGAAAUAUCCAGUCUCUCAACGACUCGCUGGGCGUGUCGAUUUAAAAAUUGUAAAGCUGUUUUAAAAAAUUAUGAAGUAAUUAAAACUACACUAGAAAGUGAAAUAAGAGAAAACCAAGACAGGCAUGCAGUUGAAGCUGUUGGAUUGUUGGAAUGCAUUCAAAAGACAGACUUUUGUAUUUGCUUACACAUCUUAACCCAUGUUUUAUUGAUUGUUAACGUUUUGAGUCAAUACUUUCAAGGCAAGGAUGCUACUAUCGGCAAAGCAAGUUCAAUAAUAGAAGGUACCUUAAAAACUCUAGAAGAUUCCAGAAAUAACUUCGACAAUAUUUAUGGCCAAAUUCAAAACUUUGCCGAAAAUCAUGGUAUUUCUCUCGAGCCGAUUAGGGCAUCAAAAAGAAAAAAGCAGAUUCCUGCAAAAAAUAUGGAUUAUAUAGUGGAAAGUACCCUGGGACAUGAAGGAAACAUAGAAAUUCCAUCAGGACCUAAUUCGAAUCAUUCAGAACACUGGAAAAUAAAUAUUUACUACCAAAUUAUGGAUAACUUAAUAUCCAAUUUUAGAUGCAGAUUUUCAAAUUUACCAUUGGCGCAAGCAGCAGAUGCAUUACCAUGCCAAAUUCAAAACUUUGCCGAAAAUCAUGGUAUUUCUCUCGAGCCGAUUAGGGCAUCAAAAAGAAAAAAGCAGAUUCCUGCAAAAAAUAUGGAUUAUAUAGUGGAAAGUACCCUGGGACAUGAAGGAAACAUAGAAAUUCCAUCAGGACCUAAUUCGAAUCAUUCAGAACACUGGAAAAUAAAUAUUUACUACCAAAUUAUGGAUAACUUAAUAUCCAAUUUUAGAUGCAGAUUUUCAAAUUUACCAUUGGCGCAAGCAGCAGAUGCAUUAUUUCAAUUAAAUUUUAAUGAAAGCCAAGCUUUUAUUAAACAUUAUUCCUCUAUUGCGUGUGUUAAUGUGAGUAUUCUUGAAGCCGAGAUAUUGGUGGUAAAAAAUAUGCUUACUCUAAAAAAUUUGGAAACUAAUUAA